CGAGGUAUGCAGUUUGGGCUGAAGUAAUUGAUAAUGUGGAACACAGACUAUAGACAGAAGUGCGGGGUCUUCACCUUGGCUGUUCAAGGGCCAUUAUCAAAAUGGGUAACAUUUUGGUUCCAGGUUCUAAAGUUUAAACUUAGUUUGUUUUGUGUAACCACACAAUUACAUCAGAUAGCAAGGGACAGGACAACACAUACCAUAUACUUUGAUAUACCAGUCGUGGGACGCUGGUUGGGGUGCGGAAAGAAACAAGGGCAAAAUCUAAUCCAUCUGUGUCAUUUCAGUUGAUAGUCACAGUGUCGUACAAGGAGAUCUCGGAAUGACGUCACAACAAAAGAAAGGAAAGUCGCCACGAAGAGAAAAAACAUAUUUAACAGUAAACGAUGAUUGGGAGACUCGAAAAUCUUCAGUGGAAACCAACCUGUAUUUAGGAAUAAACGAUGAUUGGCAGACUCCAAAAUCUUUUGCAGAAACCAACCUGUAUUUAGGAAUAAACGAUGAUUGGCAGACUCGAAAAUCUUUAGCAGAAACCAACCUGUACAUGCUAGAAAACAAGAUUGCCUGUGACAUCACGUUCCGCGUUGGCCCAACAAGGGAGAAAAUUCAAGCUCACAAGUUCAUGCUGAUUAGCCGCAGUCACGUGUUUGCCGCCAUGUUCACUGGUCCAAUGGCUGAAAUGGGCGAGGUGGAUAUCCCGGAUGUUGGCGUCACCAUUUUCAAUCUGUUUCUGGGGUUUGUGUACACGGAUGACGUCACAGUUGACUCGGAUAAUGUCAGGCAUCUGCUGUACCUGGCCAAAAAGUACAGCACAGGAAAGCUGGAAGAUGUGUGCCUUGCGUUUUUAGAAACAUCAUUAACAGCUGAGAACGUUUGCACUAUUCUGGAACAAGCCAAUUUCUUCAACGAAGAUGAGAUACAUAACAAGUCUAUGACGUAUAUCUUGGAAAACGGAAAGUCGACUUUGGAGUCACCUGAUUUUCUGAAUUUAUCACAGAAGUCUGUACUGGAUGUUGUGAAGUCUGAUGACCUCCAAGCAGACGAGAAAGAAGUAUUCCAGGCUGCCUUUGAGUGGGCCAAGCACCAGUGUGAGCAGAAACACGUGGCCAUCAAUACGGAAACUUUACGAACACAACUUGGAGACAUCGUCCAGCAAAUCCGCUUCCAUCUUCUGGACAGAGAGUUCUUUGCUCAGACGGUUCACCCGAGCGGCAUGCUGACGGAUAAGGAACAGUUGGUGUUUCACAACCAUGAUACAUGUAAGACUCUUCCUGUGGCGCCAUUUUCUGACAAACCAAGGAACAUAAAAAACAAAGUCAGUGAUUCAUUUGUUUGUCAGUCCUGUGGAAAUACUAAUCAGCACAAUUCCUGGAAAUGUAACCAUUGCAACGUAUGUAGAUACUGUGGAAAUGCGUUAAAACAGAAUUAUCGAAGCUAUCAACGGGUUUGCAGGGAUCUCAGCAGCUGUCCGUACUGUGAACAAUAUUAAGUAUGCUUUCAACCUGAAUCUUCUCAUCACAUGUGCUAUCUGUAAAUCUUUAAAGCUCUUGAGGUUUGGACUGAAUGUUUUACACAUAAUGUGUUGUGUUGUACUCGUACGUGUAUAAACCUAUUUCAACAGAAUAGGAACUGUUGAUAUCAGUGAACUGUAAACAACAUAAUAAAAACUUGUAUGUAGUAUUGCCGUAUUACUCUUAAAUUUAUUCAUUUGUUCUACGACACAGAUGAACUGUUGAUAUCAGUGAACUGUAAAC